AAGCAUGUGUGAUUUUAAUUCAGUGCACGGCUCACUCUGCCGGCAGCGCAUUGUCCACAGUUCCUCUGGAAGCAUUCCGAUCCUGACACACUGCAAUGGAUAAACAAGAGUUGGCGGAGCAAAUAAAGAAGAAAAUAGAGGAAUAUACAACUGAUCAUGAAAAUUGGAAAGUUGUUAAGAAAGGGAAAGACGUGACUGUGUAUUGUCGGUCCUCCACUGAAUUCCAAGGCAAUAUUUACAAAGCUGAAGGCACAGUUGAUGCUAAGCCAGAAAAGGUGUUUGAAUAUGUUGAACCUAAGCCAGAUGGACUAAGGCCAAAAUGGGACAAGGCAAUCAAGGCAGUUGACACCAUAGAAAAGAUAGAAGAGGGUCUCAGUGUGAUGCGUACCUGCACCCACAGUGCGGCAAUGGGUCUGAUCUCCCCCAGAGAUUUCCUGGACUUGUGUCUAACAGUCAAGAACGAAAAUUCCAUUUGCACAGUUGCUGGAAGCAUUGAGCACCCAGAUUGUCCAGUUGAACCCAAGUAUGUGCGUGGUACCAACCAUCCAUGUGGAAUCUGCUGCUUCAGGAUAGAUGGGGAGCCAGACAAGACCCUUGUAGUCCAUAUCUGCCAGGCAGACCUGGGUGGCAUGCUUCCCACACAGCUGGUGGAGACUGCACUGCCAGGCAACAUGAUUGAGUUCUUCUCUAAUCUCAGACAGGCCAUUGCCAAUGCCUCUUAAUCAAAUGGAGCGGAGUCUGUUUUUUUCUUUUCUUUUCUUUCUUUUAUAAUCCAUGUGAUGAUUUUGUUCUAUUUCUUUUUACGAAAUACUGACUGGAUCGGUAGGCUUAAAAAAUGAAGCCUAAAUAUGUGUUUAUCUUUCAUCAUCCAGGGAGUUUGUUUUAUAAAUGUGAAAUUGAUUUUACAUUGGUAGUAGUUAAUUGGGCAAAGAAUAGUUUGAAAUUGAGUGGUAGGUGCAUGCUAGGCCAACACUUAUGUAAGUUGUUAUAAUGAGUCAUCCAAGCAGAUAAAGUUGGGUCAAUAGACAGUAGGAGACUUGAUUUGCUGCUUUCUACCACAGAUUGUGUAUGUAUCUUUGUUACUGCACAUGGUGUCUCAUUCAGAUCUAUGACGCAUGUUAAAUCACAGACAGUUCAAUGUUUGUAGCCUUUGAAUUAUUUAUACAAUCUUGUAGUAUUUUUUUCUUGUUGCAGCUGUAUAUUCCCCCCUGAUAUUUUCAUUUCAUGUGUUUUUAUCUCAUGACUAACAAAAGAAAAAGUAGAGAUGGAAUUGAAAAUAAAAUUAAAUAGAGCGAUCUCUGCAGAGGAAAACACUGAGGUUCCUGUGUAAGAUUCUAGACAGCUACAUCCUGUGGAAGAAAUGUUGUAAAGGAUAUAGAGUUAGUGGGAAGUCCAGAUAUAUCUGUACACAGCCAGUGUAUGGUGUUGUGUUGUGAAUACGUCCCUCUAGCAUAGAGGAUAGUAUGACAGUUGGUAGAUAUUUGUUGAAGGAUUUCGGGACUUAAAGUUCUGUAAGUUCAAAGUGAAGUUUCAAAAAUUAAUGAAAAAAAAAGACAGUGGAUUUAUACUUUUAAAUGUGCAUGGCACUUAUAGAUGCAUUAAAAUGCAACUGUUGUAUAUUUACCUUUCUAAAGGUCCCUAUAUAUUUAAUAAUUGUAUUGAAGGGUUUGUUAAAGUUUUAACAGCAUAUACGUGCUUAGUUAUGUACUUAUUGUGCAUUGGUUAUAGAAAUUGCUCAUUGUUCAGAUUCUUUGGUUGUUCACAAGUAGUUAGAUCUUUUACAAAAAAAACUUAGUUCUUGCAUCAUUGGUAACUCAUCUAACUGUUCAAAUUGAUACAGUUUUUAAGUUGGUUUCCUUUUUUUAAUUCUCUGCAUUCUGUCUGUUACUAAACUAAGGUCAUAAUUUCAAUGGUAUCAUGUAAUUCCAACAAAAGGUGGAGCUUUCUUCUAAAAGUUUUUCACUGGAGAAAUAAACUAAGAAAUAAACUAUUCAAAGAUCCAUUAUUACAGUCCAAAAUUUUGCCCUUGGUACAUAUAGUCCAUACUUUGACUUUUAACCUUUGGACACACACACACACACACACACACACACACACACUCUUUAAAAAGGGUACUUAUCUGUUAAAUUUUUUAAUUGAUUGAUUUUUUAAACACAGGUUAAGAAAUUCUUUUAAUUUUUAACUAAUUGCUUACUGACAGAUAUCUGUAGUAUACAGCUUUUGGAUGUUUCAUUUUUCUUUAUUUUUCUUUCUUUCUUACUUUCUGUUUUGUAGUGGUAAAACCAGUAGCGCCCUGAUAACGUCCUAGAUGUUAUAUUGGGAAUUAUAGUUUUAUUUUCCAGUAAUUAAAGGUAUUGGCAAUAUAAAAAACCUGCCCAAAUGUAGAUCUAAUAAUUUUUCAAGUUGAUUAUGGACAUAUUACAAAUUUUCAUUGAACUGUGUAAUUUUUGGUGAAAAUCUGAAUGAUUUUAAUGAAGUAGGGAGAUUAAUAUCUGCAUAAGAUUUUAGAUGCAUUUUUAUAGUUAUUCUUUAUUAAAUAUGUUUGUGAAAAAUGAAUCAUUUUGCUAGUCAUUGUAUAGAUAUUUCAAACAUGAUGCAUAAUUUAUAUAAGCAAGGGAAUAGUUAUUUACAAACUUGUUUUUUGUAUGGUCUUAUAACUUAUACAUGUACAAAUUCAGUUGGUCAAUUUAUUUAAUGAAUAGGAUAUAUCACCACAGUAUUUAUGUUACUUGAUUAUAUUUUAGCUGUGCCUCAUGCAUGUUUUACAUUGCUUUGAUAGUAAAUAGCUAAAUAGUGCUACAGUGUAUUGCACGGAAUUUGUGAAAAUAAAUGUUUAGGCAAAGAAAGA